AUGGACGAGCUCCUAGAGGAUCCGGUUUCCCGCCUUUUGCCGGAGCUCGUCGAGGAGGUGUUUUUCCGCAUUCCGCCGGACGAGCCCGCCUUCCUCGUCCGUGCCUCCGCCGUCUGCAAGCCCUGGCGCCGCAUCCUCGCCGGUUUGGGCUUUCGCCGCCGCUACCGCAAGUUCCACGGAACACCUCCCGUCCUGGGGCUCUUCCAACACGGCGACUGCCUACUUCGAAAGGGAUCCCGCUUCGUUCCCACCUCCGCCCUCUUCCUUGCCCAGCCCGACGACCGUCCCGAUUGGUUUGCAAUGGACUGCCGCCAUGGGCGCGCCCUCUUUGCUCACAUCCGGAACACCUCUGUCCUCGUGGUCUUGGACCCUGUGACGGGCCACCAGCGCCGCGUGCCCUCGACACCCAAGUACCUGCUCAGCUUCAGUGCGGCGGUGCUCUGCGCCGCACAAGGCUGCGACCACCACGGUUGCCAAGGAGGGCAUUUCCGUCUGGCCGUCGUGACCACCGAUCAGCGGCAAGGCGUCACAUCGGGCUGGCUGUACUCGUCGGAGACUCGCGUGUGGAGCGAGCUCACCUCCGUUCACCACCCCAAUGCCAGGUAUACCAAUAACUUUGGUGCGCCCAGCGUCCUUUUGGGCGAUGCACUCUACUUCAACAUUGGUGGCAUCGUGGAGUGCCAACUUGGCACACUCCGCUUGUCAAUGUUCGAGAAGCCGAUCAAUCGCGGUGGGCGUCUCAUGACGGUGGAAGAGGGCAGGCUGGGAUUCGCUGCCGUGGUUGAUGUCACAAAUCUAACCCUAUGGUCGUGGGAGACCGGACCCGUGGGAGCCAUUGGAUGGGCAAAACUCAGGGUAAUUGAUCUCAAGACGCUGCUCCCAACAUGUGAGUUUGGGCUUAGGAGGUGGGCAAAUGCAUUGGUGGUCAGUGGCGUCGCGGAGGGCACCCAAGUCAUUUUUGUGAGAGCACGUGUUGGUUCUUAUAUGGUUCAUCUCAAGUCAGGGCGAGUCAAGCCGGUGUGUGCUUCUUCUGACAUAAAAAUAUUUCCCUACGUGAGCUUCUACAUCCCAGCAAUGGAAGCAGCUUGUUUUGGCAAGGGGCAGUGA